CCAAGUCUACCAAGUUCUCCGUGCUAAGUAUUUUCCUGAUUCUUCCAUUUGGAGAGCUACUCCGAAUACUCCGAAAUCUGCUUUCUGGACUUCCAUUCUCAAGGUCUUGCCGAUGCUCAAGGAGCAUUCUUUUUAUCAGAUCACCCAAGGCAACAUUUCUAUUUGGAGCUCACCUUGGUGUACCACUUGGGAGAACAUAUAUGAUCACCUUAUUGUCCAGCAUAGUGUUUUUGUUUACCCGGCUAAGGUCUCUGAUCUUUGGCUACCAGGCCAAAAAGUUUGGAAUUCUGAGUUCAUUACUAACCUUUUUCAGGAACCGACUGCUUCGGCUAUUAUUGCAACUCCUAUAGUUCUUGAUGAUAGUAGGGAUAUCCUUUGUUGGAAGCCCACUCCUUCUGGUAAGUGCAAUUCUAAGAGUACAUAUAAGUUGUGUUUACAACAAAUUCAUAAUUUGCAGGCAAAUCAGCCAAGACAGGUGAACCAAUCAACCAAAGAUAUUUUGCAGCAGGUCUGGAAGCACAAAUUCAUGGCUCCAAGGGUUAAAACUUUUGCGUGGCGCUUACUUAGGCAUGCUCUUCCAACUGGUCUUAGAGCUGGCAGGUUUUCCUCUCAUAUUUCUUCUACAUGCUCUAGAUGUGAUUCAGAUGAAGAUGAUAUGCAUCUUUUCUUUCUUUGCAACUUUGCUAGAGCCUCUUGGUUCGGGCACCCCUGGUAUAUUAGAUCUGAUAUUCUUGCUCUCAAUCAUAAUUCUGUUCUUGAUAUUAUUCAGGUUCUAAUUAACAUGAACCAUCCGCAAGCAUCUAUUCCUAAUAUAUUUACCUUCUUGUGGUGUUUGUGGAAAGCAAGAAACGAUGUUCUUUUUUGUAGGAAAGAAUCACAUCCCCAUCGGGUUCACCAAGCUGCUCUAGCCAUCGCCUCUGUCCAAGGCUUCAACUUCAGCAAGGUUCUUUUCUCACUGACAAUCUUUCAUUAGCAAAGAUGGCUGCUUCAAGAGAUAUCAAUAACACCAACAUCAGCUGGAGGUGCAGACAACCAAUUAGCGAGUUCUUUCAAAUCUCCCAUUCUUUUAAUGUUGUUUAUCACAUCUCUAGGAAUACCAAU